GACGGGCAGCAGGCUUACUUGAACGAUUGAGGACACACACCAUGGGCCGCUACGACUUUGCGCCGCAGCGAGUACAUACCUAUGCAUCACAAAUACUGCACAACAGCAUCAACGGCUUUGCUCCCCAACCUCCAUGGUUCGAAGUGAUGGGCACCGUACCGCCUGCGGAACGCCUCACACGACCUGCAAUGCAGCGCACCCAAAGACCAGGCAAGAAGGCAUCGCGGUUAUUCCAACCUUUACGACUACAAUAUGAAGAAGACCGGCUAAGAUGGGAAUACUUCAAUGAUCACCCGUGGGAGCUGGCAAGGCCGAGGGUGAUCCUGGAAGGAGAUGGCAGAGAUAAUGAAAGGUGGGAUUGGAGCGUGCCUCUUGACCAUAGUCUGAACAGACCGCGGUCUGGGUCUAUAGAUGAUGAGGGUACGAUGCUGGAUACGCAGUGGGAUCAGACGAUGGAGCAGCAGGCUUCGAGACCCAUCAAUGGUGAAGCUGUGAUCCAACGUCAGUCGCACCUUAUAGCGUCCGGCAUGCAGCCCUCUGCUGCGUAUGACGCCGCGAGAAAAGAGUUCUACCGGCACCGGCACUACAAUGAGAUCGAACGACGAGUAGCGCGAGAGGAGGCACUGUCAACGGGUGCUUUCUUCGGUCUUGGGCCCCUCGAUGUCGGCAUGAAGCUUGAAGACGAGGCGUACAAGGGCUGGAAAGUGUGGGCGGAGAAGGAGUCCGCGGCGAUGAAGGCGCUGCAGGGCUCAGCGUACACGGGGCAGGAGAAUGAUAGUGUUGAGAUAAGCCAGCCGGAUCAGGAAGAACUGCAAGCGAUUGGUGAGAGUGUGCCGGCGAGUAAGCGGGGACAAGAGGCCAGAGGCGGUAGCGCUGUUCACCCUUGAGUCUCGACACGGUCCGUGCUUCGACACCAGAGCUUGCUCCCUCCCUAUCGAUCAGCUUCCAGUUACAAACUUCAAUUUUGGGCGUUGGACGUACGACACAACACCGAUGUUCCACAACGAAUACCGCACUAUGGCGCGAGACAACCAUAAGCACGCCGUUCACGAAAACGAACAGUCACCAAUCAAGCACGUGGCCACCGAGAUGUCAAACCCACCUAGUCCGCCCUGCCGACUGCUUGAGAUCUCUGCCGAACUUCGGAAUCGAAUAUGUCGAGAUGUCUUGCUCACGUCAUGAGCAGUCCGGGUCAAUAUCUCGGGCUAUCACCGGCCUGUACUGCUAAAAACUUGCAAGCAGAUCCGUGUCGAAGCGUCAAGCAUCUCCU